UCCUUUGGACGAUUGGCUGUUUGGUCUGAAUGAGGAAAGCUAUUGGAACUCUGUGAAACAUGACACCUCCAACCAGAACAUACUUGAAUCUACUUAAACAGGCCGGCUUGAUUUUGUGAAAGAGCUCAUAAUUACGCACCUUAAUCCCUCACCAUCAACAGGCUAAAAGUUGUUUCUCUUUGUUCUGAACAGCAGUUAACUUGCAGGGAAUAGACUCGUAUGUGAAAGAAAGACGUAGUCACAGCCUUGUGUCGACUGGGAGGAGGAUAAGUGGACAGACUCUGCAGCAGCAGCAACUCCUCACACAGCGUCCAACUCCUCACACAGCGUCCAACCUCGGAGCGCACUCCCGUCUACUGUGUGCUGCGCGCUCACAACAUGGACAGUAAAGUAACCGGGAGGAUGAGCACCAUCAGUACUUCCAUCGCUGAUUCCACCGACUCAAGAGUAAGUGACUUGAUUGAAGCCGAGUACAUUAAUACCAGAUUCUCUACCGAGUCACCGUCCCAAACCUGCAUGUCGUCCUCCGUGCGUCAUUUCGGCACCGCCGGCUAUCUGUUCCACGGGUCAAAUACAAACAGCGACAGCGCCGUGUUGAAAGACUGUACCAUGCUAGAUGGCAAACACUUUUAUGACCGCAGCGGUGAAUAUCUCAAGUGUGACGGGGUGUCUUGGGGCAACUUUGUCAAAUUGCAGAGGACCAAUGUGGCCACAGCCGAAAGUUUGCAUUCACGCGCGAGUUUGAACCCGUCCCCGACAUCCGGAGCGUGUAAGUUCAUCAAAGAUGAGAAGGAGCCUUCUGUGAUUAUGGACCAGUCCUGCUCCAGCUUCGACCCAUCAGCGGAGAUAGCCGCUCUGGACAGCUGCUGUGACAGCGACACGAAGCUCAGUGACGGGGAGUCGAGCAGUUUCACCUCGGCUGCUGCUGCGGCUCCUCGACCGGUCCUGGACGGAUCUCAAAACUGUAUGAUCGAGCUGAACCAGUCGGAGCAGGUACGGGCUCUCAGCCAGGUGAGGACUGACUCCAGGUCUGGCUUGUCCCCAGCCCAGCAUCAGCAUAAGCAUCAGCAGGUGAACCAGCAUCAGCAGCAUCAUCAGCAGCAUGUGUCCAUGUACAAGAGCGAGGUUCCCCGCUGGCAGAUGCAGACGUCUCCGGCUGAGCCCCAGUACUGGUGCCCCUCAGCAGGGGGGACCGAGGACCCGUACGCUCACAGCGGCUAUGAUGGGAUCCAGAACCAGAACCAAGGCCUGGCUCAGAGGAACUCAUCACCUUUCUCCAUGUUCCCCGGUAUGCCACCUCAGAGACUGUGUGUGAUCUGUGGGGAUGAGGCGUCUGGUUGCCACUACGGAGUCUUAACCUGCGGGAGCUGCAAAGUCUUUUUUAAAAGAGCAGUCGAAGGCCAUCACAGCUACCUCUGCGCCGGGCGAAAUGAUUGCAUUGUGGACAAAAUUCGGCGGAAAAAUUGCCCUGCGUGUCGCCUCCGAAAGUGCUAUCAAGCGGGAAUGAUGCUCGGAGGCAGGAAGCUGAAGCGUUUCGGGGCCUUGAAAGCCUUGGGCAUGGCCCCGUCCCUGAUGUUCCAGUCCCACUUGGCCAUGUCCAGCGACAAUCAGGCCUUGACCUCCAUGUCUUGCAUACCAGGCAUCCGUGAGGUGCAACUCUCCCAACAGAUCAUCAAUAUCCUGGAAAACAUCGAACCGGAGAUGGUGUACUCCGGUUACGACAGCACCCAGCUCGAAGGGCCGCAUAUUCUGCUCAACAGCCUCAACAGGCUGUGUGAGAAACAGCUGCUGUGGAUCGUCAAGUGGUCCAAGUCCCUGCCAGGAUUUCGUAACCUUCAGAUCUCCGAUCAGAUGACCCUCAUCCAGUACUCGUGGAUGAACCUGAUGGUGUUCUCUCUUGGGUGGCGCUCCUUUCAGAACGUCACCAGUGAAUAUUUAUACUUUGCACCUGAUCUGGUUCUUAGUCAGGAGCAAAUGAGGAGAUCUCCGAUUUAUGACCUGUGUCUGGCGAUACAGUUCAUCCCUCAGGAGUUUGCCAAUCUCCAAGUUAGCCGCGAGGAGUUUCUCUGCAUGAAAGCCAUAAUAUUACUCAACACAGUGCCUCUUGAGGGACUCAAAAGUCAGGCAGCAUUUGAAGACAUGAGACAAAACUACAUCCGGGAGCUGACCAAGGCGAUCCACAUGAGGGAGAAGGGCUUGGUGUCCAGCUCACAGCGGUUCUACCACCUCACCAAACUGAUGGACGCCAUGCAUGAUAUAGUGAAAAAGGUCAACCUGUUCUGUCUGAGCACCUUCAUCCAGGCAGACGCCAUGAAAGUGGAGUUUCCAGAGAUGAUGACGGAGGUCAUUGCCUCCCAGCUUCCCAAGGUCCUGGCAGGCAUGGUGAGGCCCCUCAUAUUCCACACCAAGUGAUGAAGCCAGCAUAUAGACGCCACAGAUCUGCGGAGACAUCUGGUGACUGGAUUAUUCACCCCACGAUUACUGGAUUCUUUAUAGCCUUCACUAUUGUAGUCAGUCAUCUACACUUUUCCAAAUAGCCUCUAACUGUCUCUAAUGUUGAAACAGAAUGAACUUGUUCCCUAAAAAGAUGUUUUAUUAGUACAGGACUAUCUAUAAAUUCAGAGGCAUCAAUCAAUAAAGCUCCUCUGCAUCAUUCUGGUGUAUCCAACCUUCCCCAUCUUAAAGCUUGUGUGUAGAUGGUUCUUACUAGGCGAUGUACAGGAGGUUUUGAGAACCACUAGAGAUACUGAUAUUUUUACAAAAAAGAAAAAAAAAAAAGUUUGAAUAAUCAGCAUUCUCAUGAACAUUUCAUUCUUAAUAACAGCAGACAUGCAGGAGCCACUGAAACAUGCUACUACUUAAACUAAUGAAAUUCUUUUAGGGUAGCAGAGUGAUCUACUGCACCUACUUCAGGGAGGAGAAACUGGCAAGAUAACCAUCUGUAAAACAUUUGAUUAAAAAUAAAUACUUACUGUGAUCUUCAGUGAGCCAGAAAUACUUCAGUCAGAGCACACCUCCACCAUGGCUGCAUGAUACCUGAAAUGUGUGAUUUUUUAUAAUAGAACUAGGGCUGUCAAUCGAUUCAAAUAUUUAAUCGUGAUUAAUUGCAUGAUGGUCCAUAGUUAAACAUGAUUAAUUGAUCGCACAUUGCCUCCUUUGCGACAAGCUAAUAUGACAUGGUUGGUACCAAUGGAUUCCUGAGGUUUUCUAGUUUCAGAUGAUACCAGGUUAAUGCGUUAACAAAUUUGCAUUAACGCAUUACUAUUGAGUUAGCUUUGACAGCCCUAUGAAAAACACAACCGUCUAAAAGUAGGGACACAAAGAAAAAACUGUAUUUUAAUACACUUACAAUACAUUCUAUCUGUUCAACCUGUUUUACAUGUUGAAUAUAGAGUUUCUUGCCGCAGUGGGCACAAGCUAAACUCACCAACUGUGACAAAAACUUUGGACCACAGGUUUAAUAAAUCACGCUGUUUAUUUAUAGACAUGUUUAUGUACCGUCAAGACACAGUAGAUGAUUGCAAGGAAACAAGCUUGCCGUAGAAAAAGGAUGCCAAAUGAUACAAUACAUAUUCAGGAUAUGAAUAUCAUUUCCCCCUUGCAAAUCCAGACUGUGAGGGAGUAUUAUUCAGGCAUGAAGGGUUCAAGGCCACCUCGCAUUUUUUAAGAUGUAAAUGGAAAAGAACAUCCUGAUCUUGGCGAGAUCUCAAAUACCUUUCCGAAUCCAUUUUUUGGCCACCGGAGAAAGUGUUUUUUACUUUAGAGUCAGUUUGUAAUAACUGAAGAGUGAAAGUGUUGCUGAUUAUUUUCUUUCUUUUAUCUUUUUUUUUCUGAAAUAGUAUCACUGAAGUUAACUUUUUAGAUAAUUAUGGACUUUGGAAAUGUUGUGACAGUAAUAGAAAAAUUAAAUAUUAAAUGGUAUCUUUAACAUAAUAUAAUCUGAUACAUGUCUAG